CUGGCUUUGUCACCACAGUCUGCGAAUUUUUGUAACUUUUAUUAUUGUGCGAACAAGGAAUAAAAUAAAAUUCAGUUUACUGUUUAGACUAUGUAAACAGUUAGAAGUACAGUUAGAUUCAGAACCUAGUCCAAUAAAAUGGCGGCAACUGCUGAUAAAGCAGCAUUCGAAGAAGAUGCAUUUCAGGCAUUGGAAAAAGACUUCCAGGAAGUUUUGGGAGAGUUAAUGGGAGAUAAAACCCUGGAAAAAUUUCGCAUCGAAUAUGAAAAACUACAUAAAGCCUUGAUGAAAUCUCAUGAAAGUGAAAAGCGAUUAAUGGGAAAAUGUCGUGAAUUAAAUGCAGAAAUUGUUGCAAAUUCAUCAAAAGUUUCUCAGGCACUCAAGCUGUCUCAAGAUGAUCAGGCCACAAUACAACAACUUAAAACUGAGUUGGAAAAAGCUUGGAGGAUGGUUGACUCUGCUACAGAGAAGGAGACGAGAACACGAGAAACUAUACAAAGUCUAAAACUUGAAAUUGCAAACUUGACUAAACUAGUUGAACAGGGAGCUGGAUUAUCUAUGGGCCAGGAACACAGUGUAAACGAACUUCUGAAGGCAAAAGAAGAUUUAACUCGAGAACGAGAUGAUCUCUUGUCCGAGAUUGUCAAAGCUAGAGAACAACUUGCUGCUGCUGCGGCUGUUCAACAGAAAGCAGAAUCUGACAAGGAAGCUGCCGAAAUGAAAAUUGCAGAGCUUCAACAAGACAUCCAAAUGAAGCAAAAUGAAGUCCAAAGGGAAACAAGGAAAAAAGAAAAAAUGGAACGAGACGUGAAAGGAUUAAAAAAUGAUCUUGAUAAUAAAACGUCAGAAAAUAAAGCAGCAACGACUCAGUUACAACGAAGUAAAGAUGACAAUGUUAGACUGGAACAACAACUCAAGGAACAGAGAAUUCUCCAUGAGAAAGCUGUUCGGGACACUGACCUUCUGAAUGCUAGACUUACUAAACUUCAACAAGAUUAUCAAAAUCAAAUUGAUAAUGCGGAUGCUCUGGCAAGCGAUAAUCAAACUAAAGCAGCUGAUCUUAAAGCUCGCGAAGAUGAAAUAAACCAGAUGCGUCAAGAUACAACAAGACUAAAUAAAAUGAGAGAAAAUAUUCAGAGAAAAUUACAGUUAGUUGAAGAAAGUAAAUCGGAAGUGGAAGGACAAAGAGAUACACUUAAAAGUCAAAUUGGUGGCUUGGAAAGAGAGCUUGAUGUGAUGAAAAAACAGGCAGAGAUUGACAAAAAGCAAGCUGAUGAACUAGUGAGAGAAAGAGAUAUUCUAAACAAGAAUUUACUCAAGUCAUCACAUGCUACACAAAAACAAAUGAAUUUGGUUCGUCUCCAUGAACAAAGUAAAAAGAAUUUGGAACAGGAAAUACAAAAUUACAAGGAUGAAGCUCAAAAACAAAGAAAAAUUAUCUAUCAACUUGAAAAAGAAAGAGACAGAUAUAUCAACGAAGCUUCUGAUCUCACACAAAAGGUUUUACAACACAUGGAAGAUGUAAAAGUACGGGAAAUGCAGAUUUUCGAUUAUAAAAAGAAAAUUGCUGAAGCCGAAACUAAAUUAAAACAACAACAGAAUCUGUAUGAGGCUGUUCGAUCGGAUCGUAAUCUCUACAGCAAGAAUCUGAUUGAAGCACAGGAUGAAAUCACAGAAAUGAAAAGGAAACUGAAGAUUAUGAAUCAUCAAAUCGAUCAGCUGAAAGAAGAAAUUACAACAAAAGAAGCGGCUCUCGUUAAAGUUAAUCUUGAUCAUGCCAGAGUGGAGAAAGAAAAAGAAUCUCUCAAGGCUGAGCUCCAGAGAAUGAAACAACAAGCUGCGGAAAGCAAAACUCAGCUUGAACAAAUGGAAAAAGAAGUUGCUAAACUACAACAAGUCAUCAGAGAAGCUGAUGCAGAAAGAAAAAGACAAAUGAAAGAGUUGGAUCAGGUCAUCAGUGAAAGAGACAUUCUCGGAACCCAACUUGUACGUCGUAAUGAUGAGUUAGCACUUCUCUACGAAAAAAUCAAGAUCCAACAAUCGACUCUUAACAAGGGAGAAAUUCAAUAUCGACAACGACUUGAGGAUAUCAGAAUUUUGAAACUUGAGAUUAAAAAAUUACGUCGUGAGAAAACCAUUCUUACAAAGAGUGUUGCAAGUGUGGAAGAUUUGAGGAGAGAGGUUUAUCACAUUCAACGUGAACUACUUCGGGAACGAACACGUUGUAAAGCAUUGGAGGAAGAACUUGAAAAUCCAAUGAAUAUUCACAGAUGGAGAAAAUUAGAAGGAUCCGAUCCGAGUGCUUAUGAAAUGAUACAAAAAAUACAGGCUUUACAAAGACGAUUAAUUGGGAAGACAGAAGAAGUUGUUGAAAAAGAACUCAUGAUUCAGGAGAAGGAAAAACUUUAUGUUGAAUUGAAACACAUUUUAGCUCGACAACCCGGUCCUGAAGUUGCUGAGCAAUUACAAAUUUAUCAACAAACACUGAGAGAUAAAACAAAGCAAAUGAAGCGUUUGGCAUCAGAGUUGAACAUGUAUGAAGCUCAAUCCUCAGAAUAUAAAUAUGAAAUUGAAAGGUUAGCUCGUGAAUUACAAGAAAUAAAGAAGAAGUAUUUCAUUCAAAAGAAAAAAGAACAGCAACUCAAGGAACGCGAUCGUGCUUUAGCACAAGCUGGUGCCCCGAUUAUUCAACCACAACGUACAGACGGAGCGAGGUUUGCAGGAGGAGGCUUCAAUUUGAAACAACCGCAAAAGACAAGCGCUUAACUUUCUAUGCUUCUGUCUGAAUAAUUUGUAAAAUAUUUCUGCUUUCAUUCUUUUUCAUAGGAUUUCAAUCUUCAUGUUUCUAUAGCACUGUUUUUGAAAUAAAUAUAUUCAAUUAGAAAUAG